CUAUAAAUGAUAAUACGAGAAGGUCAAUGGUAAUCAGUAGCGACAUACGGAGCCCUCAGUUGUACUGUUUUUGCCUAUAUCCAAGGCGUAAUUCGUAAUUCAUAUAAUAAAUACCGCCAAAAUGUUAAGUGGCUGUAAACAAAAAUGACUAUUUUCUCGUAUAAAGAUCAAUAUUUGUUUUGUAUAAUACAAAAACGUAUGAAAAAUAAAAAUGUGUUCUAAAAAGUCAUGUUCAACAAAAUAUUGUUACAAUAGAGGGAAAUUAAAUCCAAAUUUAGCUUUUCAUAGAUUUCCAUCUAAUGAAGAAUUGUGUAAAAAAUGGGUCGAGUGGUGUGGAAGCUCAGAAAUUAUGGAUGUUUUCAAAUCUAAAGGUUCUAGAUUUUUAAACAAGAACCGUGUUAUUUGUUCUGAUCAUUUUAAAUCAUCUGAUUACAUUAUAUGGAAAGGUGUAGGAAAUAAAACAUUAUUGUUCAAAGACUCUAUUCCGUCUGUAUUAACGGCAUUACCUAAAGUUUUAAGUCCUCAUGUAAUACAAUGCAUAACUAAUUCCCAAUCCCCAGUAGGUACAUCUAAAAUACAAGAGAAAUCAAAUACAUUAUGCCAUCGUAGACUUUUUAUUGAUCCAGAGCCUGAGUUGGAAUCUCCAAAUAUUAUAAAUGUUAAGCCACUACCAACAGCUUCAGAAAAUAAUAUUAAGAAACGUAAGUGUGUUUUGUUUUUUAAUGAACUAUAUAAUUUUACAGCUGUACUUUAUUAUACUUUUAUUGCAUGUGUGUAUAAUUAUAUGUUUUGUUUUUGUUAUUCAUUUAAAUUGGGAUGGACAAUGGAUAAUGGAUUAUGUUGAGUGUUGUAAGUAACUUUUAGAUUUGUUAUAUACCUACCUGUUAUUAAUUAGUUAAUUAUUAAAAUAUACCUAAUAUUUAUUAUUUAUCAUUAUACUGCAUUACUGCAUAUAAUUAUAUAUUAUUUACUGCAUGUAUGUAUUUGUUUUGUUAUUAUGACUUAUUUUAAUUGGAAUUGACUACAGAUAAUGGAUUAUGUUGAGUGUUGUAAGUAACUUUCAGAUUUUUAAUUUAUUGUUAAUUAGAUAGUUAACUAAUAAUAAAAUAUAAAAUAUGAUAUUAAUUAUCAUACUGCAUUAAUAAUCAAAUAUGUUCCUAUCAAACUUGAUGAGGGUAUAUUCAGCAUACUUUCAACAAUUUUAAUGAACAUGUUUUGGGUGCUAACUAUCUUUAGAGUAUGCAUCGUAUAUGGAGUAGGUAGUUAUUAACUACAGUUAAUAAUACUUAAUAGGUACAUUAAUAGUACCUAUUAAUUAAUUUGGUAUUAUAAAAAUGUUGUAUUCUGUAGGUUACAAAUUACCUGUACAUCAUAUGCAUGAUCAACAAUUAUGCUCAGAAACACAAAAGUCAUUGAAAUUAAAAAUAAUAGCUUACCAAAAAUUAGUGUCCAAACAAAAAUUUAGAAUAGCCAUGCUUAAAAAGAAAAAUCUAUAUGUUUUAAAAAAAAAAGACCACCUUUUCCAAAAUACCAUAAAGAAUAAUUUUAUUUUACAAACACAACUAAGGCUUAGUCAAGUGAAAAAGAGAGGUUUAAGGUACAAGGAAAAUGAAAAAUUAUUUGCCCUUAGCUUAUAUUAUAGUUCACCAAAAUCAUAUAAAUUCAUGCAGAAAUGGUUAUGUCUUCCAACUGUAAGAUCAUUAAGGAAUUGGCUUCAAUUAUUAGAUGUUUCGUGCGGAUUAAACUCAAAUAUUCUUGAAAUACUUAAAACUAAAUUUAUGUCUGUUGAAGCUAAGGACAAACUAGUGUCAAUAAUCAUUGAU